AUGGAAGCCUUGGUCUGUGCAUUCUCUCAGCUGCACAUAAGAGAAGAUGCAGUGAGCUGGGCCCGAGGACGCACCAGUCACCCCAACAUGCCACCCAAUAUCUAUGUGGGGGGGCUGGGGGCCUAGCAGCAGCAGUGCCCCAGUGCCCAGGGAAGCAAGCCCAAGAACCUGCACCACCUCCGGGGCCUGGCUCUCUACCUGCUAGGCCACAUACAGUGGCCGGGCACUCACACUGCCGGGCAGUGUGAAAGCCAUUGGCUGAGCCAGCUCAUGGCCGGGGGCUGCCUCCCACAACCCGAGGGCACAGUCUGGCCCCUGGACUUACCACAGGGGGCUCUGGGACCAGGUAACAGUCACCACUCAGCCCUUCUGGAAGCUCAACAGCCUGGGAAAUACAGGUGAGCACCUGUCCAGGUGAUGCAGGGCUGAGGACAGGAAGGGAAGACCCCAGGCAGGGUUGGGCUGGGCACUCAGAUGGACCCAGGUGACCCCUCUCCACUCCCAAUCCUCCUGGGUACCUGUCCCAGCUCUACAUUUGAUGAGGGACCUUGGACUGCUCUCCCCCGCUGGCCAGGUCUGUUUCCCCACUUGUAAAAUGAGGGGUUCGUGUUAGAGAAGGGUCCUUUCAGUUUGAAACGUGUUUCCCUC